AUGGGUGAAGUGAUACCGGCAGGCUAUGUUGAUAUUGCGAAAUCAGUACAGCACAAUGGCAGUGUAUAUAUUGUAGAAUCUUAUAGGGAUAAGCCCGAAGAGGAAGAAGUGAGCAUUGACAUCACAAUUCUCUGGCUGGCUCUCAACGAGGAGUGCGAGGCUAUGUUGAAUCCCCGAGUGCAGAGAGUAUACGUGUCUUACGAAUUCCUAGGAUAUUCUGGUGCAGAUCUCGAGACCCCUGUCAGUUUGCCUAAACCCAAACACUAUGUGGACAAGUGUUAUUUCAAUUUUAAGAAAAGUAAGUUUUGA